UCCAUUUUGUUCGCGGACGCUGGAGACGGUGGGAGCAGAUACAUUUCCGGGUUGGUUAAAGGGGCGGUAGCGAGAAAGAGAGCCUGCCGCGGGACGAACGGGCUGGACGAAACCGGGACGGCGGUGACGGAGGAUUCGCUCUCGGAGGAGCUGCGGCCAGGCGGGGAAGGCGCGGGGCCGCGGCGGAGGUGACCUGCCGACCUGAGUAUAUGAAUGACCUAAAGCUUCAAAUAAAGACGGAGACAGAGCAGUGCCAGCUGGGAGCAGGCAAGGAUGCCAAUUCCUCCUCCCCCUCCACCCCCACCUGGUCCUCCUCCACCUCCUGCUUUUAAUCAGGCAAACACAGAACAGCCCAAACUAAGUAGAGAUGAGCAACGGAAUCGAGGUGCCCUCUUACAAGACAUUUGCAAAGGGACCAAACUGAAGAAGGUGACCAACAUUAAUGAUCGGAGUGCUCCUGUCAUCGAGAAGCCCAAAGGAAGCAGUGGUGGUUAUGGCUCUGCAGCUGCUGCUUUGCAACCCAAGGGAGGUCUCUUUCAGGGAGGAGUGCCGAAGCUCCGCCCUGUGGGAGCCAAGGAUGCUUCAGAGAACCUAGCCGGUAAGCCAUCCCUACAAGUCCCCAGUUCUCGAGCUGCUGCUCCAAGGCCUCCAGUGUCUACAGCCAGUGGGCGUCCUCAAGACGAUACAGACAGCAGCCGAGCCUCUCUCCCAGAACUACCCCGGAUGCAGAGACCCUCUUUACCGGACCUCUCUCGGCCCAAUACCACUAGCAGUACAGGCAUGAAGCACAGCUCCUCUGCUCCUCCCCCACCACCUCCGGGCCGGCGUGCCAAUGCACCCAGUACACCUCUGCCUAUGCACAGCAGCAAAGCCCAGGCCUACAACAGAGAGAAACCUUUGCCACCAACGCCUGGACAAAGGCUCCACCCUGGUCGGGAAGGACCCCCUGCACCACCCCCUGUCAAACCACCUCCUUCCCCUGUGAAUAUCAGAACAGGACCAAGUGGCCAUUCUCUGGCUCCUCCUCCACCUCCUUACCGCCAACCUCCUGGGGUCCCCAAUGGACCCUCCAGCCCCACUAAUGAGUCAGCUCCUGAGCUGCCACAGAGACACAAUUCUUUGCAUAGGAAGACACCAGGGCCUGUCAGAGGCCUUGCACCUCCUCCACCCACCUCAGCUUCCCCCUCUUUGUUGAGUAACAGGCCACCUCCCCCAGCCCGAGACCCUCCUAGUAGAGGAGCAGCUCCUCCACCCCCACCACCUAUGAUCCGAAAUGGUACCAGGGAUGCUCCCCCUCCCCCACCACCAUACCGAAUGCAUGGGUCAGAACCCUUGAGCAGAGGAAAGCCCCCACCUCCACCCUCAAGGACGCCAGCAGGGCCACCCCCUCCUCCACCACCGCCCCUGAGGAAUGGCCAUAGAGAUUCUAUCACCACUGUCCGAUCUUUCUUGGAUGAUUUUGAGUCCAAGUAUUCGUUCCAUCCAGUAGAAGACUUUCCUGCUCCAGAAGAAUAUAAACAUUUUCAGAGAAUAUAUCCCAGCAAAACAAACCGAGCUGCCCGUGGAGCCCCACCUCUGCCACCCAUUCUCAGGUGAAGCCUGGCUGGUCCUGUUCCUUAGGAAAAGGAUGGACCUCCUCUUCUCAGAUGGUCCCCUCAUUCCCCUGAGACCUGCAUGAGAGCUCCUACAGUGUUUCUCCAGUGCUACCAACCCUAGCCUCCAAGCAUCCUUCCCAGCCCAGCUCCAUCUAUGCGUCUCAUCUCUGGACUUGGUGAUUGGACUCUUUCUGUUGGCAGCAGGGUCUCAAGCCCUGCCUCCGGUCUUCUUCCAGCAAGCCCGGCUAGCCAGAAGAGAAGAAAGCUUCCAUGUUUCCUGCUUUCCUCCAGGGAAAGGUGCCUUGUUGUGAAUGAACUCAUUGUUGGGCAGGAUAGAGAAUGAUACCCUGUCUGCUUUUAUCCGCCAUGGGGGAUGUUUAAUAGGUGCGUUGUAUUCCAUUGUUUAGGAGGUUGGUAUGGCCAGGAUUUCUGAGGAAAGGGCACUUUUAGUGAAACAGGAAAGGAGCUUACAGAGAAGUGAUCUGUUUUAAAGGUCAGAUUUAGAGAAAGGACAAGGAAAUGUGUCUUUAUUUUUAAGAGUAUUUUGGUUUUGUUCUCAUCCCCGCCCCUCAUCCCAAGGGAUAAAUUGAAUAUACAUACUACAUACUAAUCAGUUGAGCUAAACAAUAAAAGAAGAGGAUGAACUAAACUGAGGAUCAUUUUAGAGUUAGUUAGUUUUUCUGCAGCUAAGGAACCAGGAGAUGUGAGUCCUCCGUGUCUCCUGCCCGCUUCCUCAGGGUGCUGGGUUGGAGAGUAUCCUUCCCCAAUCCCUCAAGAGAAGAGUCACUUUUUGUUGGGGGCAUUAUUCAUCCCUGAGUCACAAACCACAAAACUUUUUGGUAAGAGAUGAGAAGAGGCGCCUAGGGCUUUAACCUCAACCUCAAGUCUGCCUCAGUGUUUUCUGAUGGACCCUGAAGAGAUCAGUGGCCCUUUGAGUCCUUCAGUCCUUGGAGAAUGCUCCAGGGAGACUAAGAAGGAAAGGAGGAAGCACUCCCUGAAAGAGUCUGGCUCUGUAGGGCUACAAAGGUACUUGGCAGCCUGCUCAUACUGAAGUUCACAGCCCAUCUGAUGGAGCAGGCCCUUUCUAUUCUUUUCUCUGUCACCCUUACCUUCCCAAGACUGCAGGGGCUAAGACUGCAAAGUAAAGAAGGGUGAGGAAGUAUCUAGAAGCUUUGGGGUUACUCAGAUUCUUCAAUGCCAAGAAGCACAAAGACUUAGGCGAAGUGUGCCUGAGUCCAAUAGGCAGGUCUUCCUUGGCAGCCAGCAAUAUAUGGUUUCUGUCUUCCAGGUCCUAGGCAAAGAGCACAGAGAAAAUGGGUGUUUCAAUUGAAGUUGGACUUUUGGACAGUGAGUGUCCUUUCUCCAACAGCAGAGGGGGGCACCUGGGCCCGACACGCCAGAUGAGUUGGUUUCCUAUGGCUAUGGCUGUGGGCAAAGGCUGCUCAGAUUUUGCAUGACAGCAGGGAGACCAGGUUGUUCUUUGAAUUGAGUGGGGAAAGUUAGUUAGAAACUUUCAGAUACAUCACAGAUUUAAACUGUCAUAGGGACCUUUCUAAUCUAUUGGAUCAUGGGCUAAGGAUCUGUGCGUGAUGCCAGGUGAAACCCAAAUCUUUCCAGUGCUGGUGAAAGAGGGCUCAACUUUAUUUAUUUAUUUAGUGGGUAUUGUCUUUGGCCAUCUCCUGGACCACAGCGGUUCUUGGGAUAUGCCAUGAUUAGAUCUGUCACUAAACUUUUCUAAUUAUUCACUAUUUGCCAUUCUUUUCAAAUCUGUUAGCAGUUACCUCCCAGGAGUGUCCCCAGCAUCUUAAAGUAAACAGAGAUGAAAGGGGAGAAGAGCUGACUGCAGCAGAAUUCCAGGGUAGAUGCUGACAGUUACUGAACUUUGACUGUGAAGUCUUCCCAUUUAUUUUGAAAUGGGAGUUGAUGCCUUUUGUACAAUGUUAUCAAAGUGUAUCUUUUUUUCCCUCACUGAAACCUAAAACAUCAGAAUAUAUAUAUCGAAAAUAAAGCCAAACCCCAGCUUUUCACUGGGGCUGAUAUCUUCCUCGCCAUGACCUGCUGCCCCUCAUAUUGCCCAGCAUUUGUACUGUGUCACAUGGGCAGUGGUUAUCUUUUCAUUGUCUUUGCGUGAUGGAACAACAAAAAGGCCUGGGUUUACACGGGAACAGAUGGGUUUUCUCCUUCAAAGCAUGUUGAGGGCACAGCACCUAUUUAAAUGUCUUUGCCUUAUACAUUAUUUGGUCCCCCUGUUAAUAACAGAUUAUCAUGUAUAUCUGCUAUUGAAGAUGGUAAUGUGAUCCUCAUAAUUGUUGGUCUAUUUAGUAUGUUGUACAAAACUUGUAAUAUAGGUUGAAGGUGGGCCAACUGUAAGAGCACUAAAGUUUCUCACCUUUUAAACUGCUCUUUUUAUCUGCUCAUGGGAUCAUUGUCUCUCCAGUGGAAGAUCAGGUGGUCUCAUGUUGAGGCUGUUGCCUAGUCCCAUUUAUUUCCUUGUCCUCUCCCAAAGGGAAGAGACAUUGCCCAGCUAAGCAGCAAGAAGCUGUCUUAACAACUCUUAUGUGGGUUUGGUUUUGUGACAUUUUUCCCCUAGUGGGAAAAAGUUAAUAGCUGUUUCUUACUGCCCUGCUAGGGCCGUAGCCACCAGGUCUUCAAAUGAGCUAGGUGCCCCUCUUCUGGUCACCAAACCUGGACCAAAGCACUUUGAUAUUCCAGGUGUGGUUUUCUCUCCUGGGGAUUUGCUUGGCUGCAGAGCCCCACCAUUUUCACAGCCUAAGCCACAGUGUGGCAGCCCAGGGCUAGCCUAGCAGAUAGAUUGGAGGCCGUUGUCUCCAGCAGUUGUCCCCACCUCCUUACCUGGCAAAGGCAAGGAUACUAGUCACUGACCAUUGCACUGGGGGAAUCCCCUCACCCCAGCUUGAAACCCAGAUUUGCCUCCAGGGAGAGGUGAGGAAAAAACAAAACUGUAAAUAGACUUGCUACAGAGCACCUCAGGGUUGGGGUAUGUUUUAGUUCUCCUGAUCACUUGAAAUAAUCUGUAGGGUGAGUGCUUAUGGGAGUUGGGGAGAAAUGUGACUCCAGGGUCCUUCCCUUCGGUGAAGCUCUGGGGGUGGAAUGGAAGGCAUCCAGAGGCCCUUUGUUGGCAGUAUACUGAGCUGUCUGUCCUUCUGGAAACCCAACCUACAAUCAACUGUGAAUUAGAUUCUUCACAUUCCAGUUGUAGUCUUUCUUUCCCUAUUGAAUCUUAGUCCCUAGCUGUGUGGUCCAGGUGGCACUUUCCUAAGCCAUCCAGAACUAGGGAAUGGGAAGGAAGACAGGAGGCCAUUACAAUUCUGCCUUCAAGCCUCAUUUCUUCAAAACAAAAUGAAAUAAAACUAUAACCACCUUCAAAAUCACAUGCAAAAAAAACAAAAGUUUAACUGAAGGAAGGGUUUGGUUCCAUUCAACUCCAUAUUCAUUGUGCCUUUACUUGUGUUAGCUGUCCGUGCUUCUCCCUCUAUGAAGUAAUUAAAAUCUUCCUUGAUAACUGCCA